CUGGCCUGAGCAAUCAUGUUUUCUUACGCAUCCUACAUGCUCACAGCAGUAGCUGCUUUGCUAGUGACUUGCCAUGCACUGUGUAAAUGUCCAGGAAUUCCUGGGCUACCUGGUAUCCGUGGAAGAGAUGGUCUGAAAGGAUGGCUACAUCCACCAGGUCUCACAGGACCCUAUGGAAACCUGAUGGGGCCUCCUCGAAGAGGUCAUCUUCCUCAGCUACAAGGGCUACCUGGUUUUCUGGACAUUGAACUCGACGAUGUUUUAGUAAAUUUGAAACACCGACUUUCCAGACUUGAAGGCGUGCUUGCUUUGAAUGGGAAAAUAAGAGAAGUAGGAGAGAAAAUACUUGCUAGCAAUGGGAAGGAAGUUGAUUUUGCAUCUGCACUAGAAUCCUGUGAAGAGGCUGGAGGAACUCUUGCAACUCCCAUGAAUGAGGAGGAGAAUAAAGCUGUUUUGGAUAUUGUGAAACAGUAUAACCGAUAUGCUUACUUGGGCAUUAAAGAGGAUGAGACUUCAGGUCAAUUUAAGGAUAUAAAUGGCACACCUCUGAAUUAUACCAAGUGGCACCAAUAUGAGCCUAAUGGCAAAGGGACAGAAAACUGUGUAGAGAUGUACACUGAUGGGAGCUGGAAUGACAAAAAAUGUAACCUGAAUCGCCUCACAAUCUGUGAGUUUUAAAGAAUGGCCUUUCAGCCACCUUCAGAUUAUGGCGACAAUGAAAUACCCUGUGUCUCAGAUUUAUGCAAUUUCUACAAUUAUGUCACAAAAUCUAAAAUUAAUCAUAUUAUGGUAUUUUUUAUCCUUAAGAAAAUGCCAAAUGUAGCAGGUGAUUAACUUAAUUAAAAUGUGCAUCAUCUGAUGUGUUUCUCUCUCUUU